CCCACCACGAACCUUUUAAGCCACAGCAACCUCGUCGAAUUCGCGUCACCGUGAAAUCGCGAUACAAUUGCUGAUCUCUUCUACUCGUAGCUCUUAGUAUAAUACCUCGCCUCGGCACCGUCGCGACUCCACUUCGUUUGCCAGCCUUACUUGCGACACGCGCAACCACCAACUCUACACACGACACACUCUUACGCGGACACAUAAUCCAUCAUGUCUCACGAGGAAGAUCUCAUCGACUACUCCGACGAGGAGAUUCAGACGACUGAUGCGCCCGCCAACGGCAGCGCAGCUGCAAACAAGGGCGGCGUCACUGCCGGUGAUGCUGCAGGCGACAAGAAGGGCAGCUACGUCGGCAUCCACUCGACCGGUUUCCGCGACUUCUUGCUCAAGGACGAGCUCGUACGAGCAAUCACGGACUGUGGCUUCGAACAUCCUUCCGAGGUCCAGCAAGUUACCAUUCCCCAGGCCAUCCUAGGAAACGAUGUCCUCUGCCAGGCCAAGUCUGGUCUCGGAAAGACUGCCGUCUUCGUUCUCGCAACCCUCCAGCAGAUGGACGAGAAGCCCGAACCCGGCACUGCCACUAUCCUGGUCAUGUGCCACACCCGCGAGUUGGCCUACCAGAUCCGCAACGAAUACAACCGCUUCGCCAAGUUCCUGCCUGACGUCAAGGUUGGUGUCUUCUACGGAGGAACUCCCGUUCAGAAGGACAUCGAGCUCCUUAGCAACAAGGACACUCACCCUCACAUCAUCGUCGGUACUCCCGGUCGUAUCAACGCCCUCGUCCGCGAUAGGCAUCUCCGCCUUGCCAACCUGAAGCACUUCGUCCUCGAUGAGUGUGACAAGAUGUUGGAUCAGCCCGAUAUGCGCAACGACGUUCAGGCCAUCUUCCGCGCUACACCUCAGCACAAGCAGGUGAUGAUGUUCUCGGCCACCCUCAACAAGGAGGUGCGCGUUGUCUGCAAGAAGUUUAUGCAGAACCCGCUCGAGAUCUACGUCGAUGACGAGAAGAAGUUGACGCUUCACGGUCUCCAGCAGUACUACAUGAAGCUUGACGAGAAGGAGAAGAACCGGAAGCUUAACGACCUGCUCGACAGCUUGGAGUUCAACCAGGUCAUCAUCUUCGUUCGCUCCACUCUGCGCUGCUCUGAGCUCGACAAGCUUCUCCGCGAGUGCAACUUCCCCAGCACUGCUGUCCACUCUGGCAUUAGCCAAGAAGAGCGUAUCAAGCGCUACAAGGAGUUCAAGGAGUUCCAGACCCGUAUCUGUGUCUCCACCGACAUCUUCGGUCGUGGUAUCGACGUCGAGCGCAUCAACGUGGCCAUCAACUACGACAUGCCCGACAAGGCCGAUGCCUACCUCCACCGCGUCGGUCGUGCCGGUCGUUUCGGAACCAAGGGUCUCAGUAUCUCCUUCGUGAGCAGCCCAGAUGAUGAGGCCGUCCUCAAGUCUAUCGAGGAACGUUUCCAAGUCGAGCUUCCUGAGUUCCCCGAGGAUGGUAUCAACUCGUCCACCUACAUGGACAACUAAAAUCCGCUCGGACGGAGUGACGGAAAAGGUGCAGGAGAGGGUUCUUUCUUUUGGACAAAAGUCACGAUUAACCUUCUGUGCCAUGAACACGUAAGCAACGGCGCAAGGUGGUUCUUAAGUUGGUGAAGUCUGUUCUGAAUUGCAGGCUUCAAGAGUUAUUAUCUCAUUAUGAGAGGAACCAAAGAAAUUGAUAUGCGAACCUUCUGUCCACAAUGACUUCUUUUGCGCAAAUGUGAUCUUAACGUUCCGACACUCUAGACAUCAAGCACGAACGUGACACUGUACCUUGUUUCU